UGAUUACGGUUGUGGCUUGUAUUGAAUAAAGCGCCAUCUAUUAAUAUGAUGUUGCGCCACCUAGCAGUAUGAGAUAGACAGCGGAAAAUUUGAGAGCUAUCUUCACUCAACCAUUCCACUGAGCGACCUCGCUAGAGAGACACCUCCGUAGGAUCAGCACCUCCUUUGUAUAUAUUCUUCACUAAGCAAAUAUUCCUAAGUUCUUCCUACUAGACAGAUCCAAUUGGUACAGAUUGUAGUGACAGACUAGGAGCUUUUUGAAGUUUGCAUAGGAGUCCAGACAGUGGAAAUUUAAAGAUGGCCCAGCAGCAACAGUCCAAGAGUAAAGUUCUGGAUGAAUUGGAAAUAUGGAAGAAAUUCCGUGUAUUCCCAGCCAUCCAAGCCGGGGACUUUGUCCAAAAUCUUGUAGAAGCUCUGCCCGGUAAAACUGACAAAAUCCAACAGUCAGUAUUAGACGUAGUGGACUUGUGUAAAAUCCAAAUGGCCAAAGCUAAGAAGAAGGGUGAGUAUUACUCAUGGCUGCGCGAAUUGGCGUCUGAGGUACUCUCCAAGGGGAUUUCCAAUAGAAAUUGGGUGGAAAAACAUAUCUCCAAACUCCCACCUAAUCCUAAGACUGGGAAAUCCAGGAAACCAGUGCGACCCAAACCUAUUGGGGAGCCAAGUGUUUUCUCGGGACCAGUCAGGGAUAUAAGGUUGGGAACUGACCCCACUAUUACCCAAACCUCUUUUGUGGUGUCUGGGGGAGGGGGGACUUCCACACCAGUUCCUUCAACAUCAGCAGAGGCCAUGGAGGUGGACAUCCUGGAGGGGGAGGUCUAUUCUGGGGAGUCUGGCAAUUCUUCGGAAUUGCUUGGAUCCUCAGAUGGAUCUGCUACCAAAGGGAGCCCUAAACCCCGUGAGUCUCCUUUGGAAAAGUCCCCAAGCCUUGUGUAUUCCAUGGAGGGUAGUAGAAGGGCAGCCUUGGCGCGUAUUGCCGCGAAUUUACCACCCCCAUCUUCUGCUUCUGUCUAUGUUAGUACGGGGGAGAAAGCCCAUUCAGUUGGGCAAGUAUCCCAAGCCGGAAAACAAGAGCCUGCCAGUACGGGGGAGAAAGCUCAUUCAGUUGGGCAAGUAUCCCAAACCGGAAAACAGAUUAAAAGGCCAAUUCCAUCCUUAAUGAGCCUCUCCUUCCCUUCCUUGCCUAGUACGGGGGAGAAAGCCCAUUCAGUUGGGCAAGUAUCCCAAACCGGAAAAAGCCUUUCCUUCCCUUCCUUGCCUAGUACGGGGGAGAAAGCCCAUUCAGUUGGGCAAGUAUCCCAAACCGGAAAAAGCAUCAAUCCCUUUUCUGAAUCUGCGAGUACGGGGGAGAAAUCCCAAUCCGGAAAAAGCAGAAAGAAGAAAAGAAAGCCCAAAUCAGCAAAAUCGUCCAAGUCAGGUCAGUCUGUGCAGAAGCCAGCGACUGUGGCUGCAUCUGGGGAAUCUCGGAAACGAGAAUCUCUGAUUGAGUCUGUGGGGGAACCUAGCCUAAAAGUGGCUAAGGUUGAACCCAAAAUGACAAAAUGUCAGGUCCCUGGAUGUAGUGACCCCAAUAUUGAAAGGGGUGCAGUCAAGGUACAUGCUAUGACCCAUAUACCUGAAAUUUUUGACGAGGGUUUGGGUACCAUCCCUGAAAUCGUGGCUCUUAGGGUGAAAGCAUUGGAGUGCGCCACAUCGCUCAUUUUUGGCAUUAAUAAACCUUUACAAAGCCUAUGCGAUUUUAUAUCUGCAUCAGGCGAAAAAUUUGGCCUCAAAAAGAUCAGGGGGUUUGGCGAAGCCCAACGGCAAGCCAUGCAAGCCUUCUGUAAAGAGCUUGGUGUCACUCUGCCCCAGCAAGUAACCUUAAAGCCAGCCAACUCUGUGGGUGCACUUGUACAUUGGCGAGCUGUGCUGAAGCUAGCUUCAUGCAUGAAUCCAGUCCAACGGGAUUUAUGGCUCAAUAAUUUCAAGGUGCCUGCAGGUAUCCAGAGGACAACAGUGGCAGACGUAGUGAUGGGAGUCGGAGUCCAGGCUUUCGAUAGCCAUUUCCACUUGGACAGGACUCUCCAAGCUUAUAAUCUGCCGUCCAAUGGAACCCUGGAGAAUCUGAGGGAGAAAGUUCCUGUGCCAGAGGGUAAGGAGGUCAAUCUGGUGGGUUCGGUAGCGGUGUAUUGUGAUCCGGAGAGGUAUCCAACUCGGAGUGCCUUGCUAACUAAGCCGGAGAACAUGCACAUAGCUAUUGGAUUUCAUCCGAAAAAGGCCAUCCAAUCCCCUGCUUUGCGGGAACAGUAUCUCAAAGACUUCAGGACGUUGGUUAAAGAUUCACAUGUCCAAGCCAUAGGAGAGGUUGGUCUCGAUUUCUCAGAGUCCUCCCAUGUCUGGCAGGAUCAGGAAGAUCUGCUUAAUGAUUUACUGCCCUCAGUAGUUGACAGCAAGGUGUUAGUGCUGCAUUGUCGUGGGAUGGGUAGUGGUGACUGUGUGUAUGCCAUCAGGCAUCUGUUGUCAAUCCUUCAAAGGAACAACAUCCCUGAGCAUCAGCCCAUCCAUUUCCACUGUUUUACAGGGAGCAAGCAGCUCAUGGAGAUGUGGUUGCGUGUUUAUUACAACACGUACUUUGGCUUCACCAGGCUGGUGAAUACCUUCAACAAAUCCCAGUUGGAGGCGGUCAAAGCUGUCCCGGAGUGUAAACUACUCUUGGAAUCUGACGCACCAUAUUUUCAUGCCCAAAACAUCAGGGCUUCUACACCAUAUUUGCUGUUUGAGACAGCGGAAAUCAUAGCAGAGGCUAGGGGUGUCGAGGUUAGGCAUAUACUCGACAUUACUGUCACAAAUGGUAUUAAAUUAUACCAAAAUGAGUAAACUGGUCAUUUACCAUCUUACCAAAUUAUAUAUAUACCAUCUUACCAAAUUACAAAGUACAGCUUUUUAUUUAGUUUUUUACAUUUGUAUAUAUGAAUAUAGAAUCAAAAAAAAAAA